AUGGGACCGGGGGAAAAGCCCCGCCCCCGGCUCCGCCCCCCCGGGGACACGCCCACCCGCAGGGGCGGCGCCGGGGGGAGGGGCCACGCCGGGACACGCCCCCAGGGAGGGGCGGGGCCAGAGGACGCGGCCGCAAGGGGGCGGGGACAAGGAGAAGGGGCGGGGCCUGAGGGAGGCCCGGGGGGAGAAGAGAGACAAGGCCCCGGAGGAGCCUCCGGCGAAGCUCCUGGACGACCUUUUCCGGAAAACCAAAGCGGCUCCGUGCAUUUAUUGGCUGCCCCUGACCGACACCCAGUUCGUGCAGAAGCAGGCGGAGCGGGCGGCGCGGGCGCGGGAACGGGAGCGGCGCCGCAAGGAGCAGGAGGAGGAGGAGCUUCGCCAGCGCCAAUCGGGGGCUUCUUCCGCCUCCGGCCCCGCCCCUUCCGGCGGAAACCCCGCCCCUUCCUCCCGGGCCGGCUCCGCCCCUUCCUCCCGCAAAGGGGGCGGGGCUUCCUCGUCCGGCAGGGCGCCCCCCGCUGGGCACCGGAAGCGUCGGAGCCGCUCCCGGAGCCCCCCCCUGAGGGAUCGGGGGGGGCGGCGCUGAGGCCACGCCCACCCCCCCCCGGAAGCCACGCCCACUCCCCUUCCCUUAAGCCACGCCCCCCGGGAAAAAUUGGGAAUAAAGAGUUUGAGGUCGUUUGUAGUUUUUUGGGAGGUGGAAGACCUUUUGAGGGGUAUUUGGGGAUAUGA